AUGGUGGAUGACUCGGGGGCUAGAAAGAAUAAAUUUUUAAUGGGAGUGUCCAGCUUGGUAGUCAAUGAAUGUCGUUCGGCAAUGCUUAUUCCCCGUAUGAAUAUUUCAAGUCUUAUGGUCGAUGCUAAACAAAUUGAGGAGCACAAUCUCAAAAAAAUGAAUAGGGAGGUGAAAAAAGCUAGAACCGGUGAUGGGAACUUUUCCAAUGCUAAGUUCGAUGGGCAAGGUCGACAAAGGUUCAAACAAAGGUUCUCCAACCAACAUUCCUCUAGUGAUACCCCAAUAGUCAACAAAGAUAGGGUGUCUAACCGUAAGCCUCAAGGAGGUUAUGAAAAGAGGACUCAUAUAGCAAAACCUACUUGUGCAAAAUAUGGAAAGAAACAUGAUGGUAAAUGUUUAACCAGUGUGGGUGUUUGUUAUGGUUGCGGUAAGAGUGGCCAUCAAUUGAACAAUUGCCCAACAGUCACGACCAAGGGGAGAGAAGAUAAGCAAACCCCUCCAAGCGGUUCAAACUCCAAUGCUCAAAAGCAAAACCACUUUAAUGCUCUUCAAUCCCAAGAAGACCAAGAGAGCUCCCAGGAUGUGGUGACCGAUACAGGAAAUCAGUAUUAUAUAUCAACCGGUGCUCCGUUCAUCCAGUCGGGUUCCAAAGUUAUUCGGUGA